UGAUUGGGGGGGCUUUAAUAGUGCGGUGUGCGGGUUAGGUGCGGGCGUAAGGGGGUUCAAGACAGGGACCUUACACGUAGUGUACAAACAAAUCGCACGCCGUCAAUCGACAGGCAGCACCGUACAUGUUUUCGUGGAAGGUCCGGGCCGGAAAACACGACAAGACGAUCUGUGCUCCUCAGCCUUGGAAUCCUUGAUGGAAGAUCGUGCCAUAGAUCCGGAAAUGGUGUUUACCCGCUGCUGCUGUUGCUUGCCUGCCGGAUCCUGUCGUGGCCAGGUCAACGACGACAGACAGGCAUUUACCGGUAUGUCAUCAUUUUCAACAGAUUUGCUUCUCGUUAACUACCGGCAUCGUCACUGGUCGCUCUUCCCCGUCUACGUUGUCGCCAGCUGGUGCCGCCUCUUGCGUUCACAGCCUCGCUUGAGCUCCCAUCAUGGUUCCUUACAUGAUGGUACGGCACCCGGUAUGCAGUCUAAAACAUCAUCACCUUCAGCAGAAGCCUUGGAUGUUCAUGGCUUCAAUGGCCUAGUUACUUACCCUUAUAGUUUAAAACUCGGACAGUCAAAGGUGAACACUGCUUUCCUUGCUUGUCAGGGCAUGAAACAACCGCUUCCUCCGAGCCCUCUCCGAGUCCCGAAGAGUACCCAGCGACUCGACGAUGUCAGCGACAAGUUUCCUCCACCACUAUGCUUCACCUGCACAUAUGUAGUGCAUAAACAGCCCGUGGCAGUGGCGUGGCAUCAACACGACAUUUGAUGUCUGUUGAUAUCAUCGUAACGGCGACGCGUAGUCAUCAUACAUCUAGCAUAACUUGACUUGCUCAAAUCUGCCGGAGGUGCAGCGCUUUUGCGUGUUGCCUUCCAGCCCAGGUAUCUACCGAACCCACUUCAGCCCCGUGACGAUCCAUGGCCUGCAAGUACCUCCCUGGAAGGACCGGUGCUAAGGUCGGACGUUAACUGCUCCGUGCUUCGGGCAUACCUAUUUUGGCAGCUUUCAUGUCGACUAUCUUGCAUUCGAUCGUAAAUGCAGGCAAGGCAUGAUUUUCUCGGUUAAAGGCGUCAUCGUUGCCCUAAACUUGCCA